AUGGCAGUGCGCUGUAAGGGGACUGAAACCUUGCGACAGGAGGUUGUCCAGAUGAAGACCAAAGGGAUGCCCCUUUCAGCCAUUGCAAGAGAAGCAUACACCGCUGAAGUGAUGCUUGAAAACCCAUUCAAGGUGGAAUUUGGUUUUCUUACACCAGGGCAAGUGUACUGUGCUGUGGCGAACUUCACAGCUGAGGGUGUACUGACCUCUUCUCCCCCGAGCCUCCCGCAGUGUGUUUACAUACCAGCAAAGCUCGAAAGCCUCAUCGUCAUAAUUGUGUGUGCUGUUCUCAUCGUUCUUGGCCUAGUAUUUUUUCUGGUCUGGAGAAAGUGUUCCUCUUCUGAACGUCCGCUGCCCAGAUCUUUGGCUUUACUUCGAGACCUGGAACUUCAGAAUGAGACUUUCAUUGACUCCAGUAAGGUUGCACCACACAACGAGAGCUCUGAGGGUGACCACGUUUCUGUUGUAUCCUUCUCUGACUUCACACUCAUGGACAACCAGUCAUCUUACUACAACACCCAAAGCCUGGGCAACGGCUAUUACACAAGCCCCAUCGUGCACAAUCCAGACUGCAUUGAGGAAUCUGUGGGGUCUGAAGAGUUGAGCACAGAAGUCCAACACGACGAGUGUCGUCUAUUAUCAUCACAUCCAGUUCUAGAGGCAGAGCAGGCAUGUCCACAUCAGAAUCAGUGUGAGGAGACUCCAAACAUCCCUCUGAGCUCAGUGCGAGUGAAACGUAUUCAACAGGACGAGACGUCAACUGAACACCCAGAGCAGUCUGAAGAUGUCAUAUGGGGAAAACUGAAUGUGAGACCAAUGGAAACAUCCAAGCAAAUUGAAACUCUUGAUGUUUUUUUCCAAAAGGUUGAAUACAACGUUUUUUAGACUCGAGAUAUGGAAUUGCUUUGGGUACAAUUUUUAAUACCCGCUUUUUUGGUGCUGUUAAUUUGUGAUAGUGUGAUUCUGCCCUUUCGCCCACUAACUAUUGUCAUUGCUAAAGUUGCAAUGAAUGGAAGUAGCGACAGAUCUUUUCUUCUGUAUUGUGAUGUACAUCUGAGUGUUAAUGCUUAAUGAAAAGUAAAG